AAAGAAGCACGCAUUACAGGUAGAGAGAGAGAGAGAGCUUAGACUAGAGUGAGAAAACAAAAUUCACAAAGAGCUUAGACUAGAGUGGAGAAAAGAAAAAUCACAAACAUGAAUCAGCAACAAGAUCCUGUGAACACCGAGAUAGCAGCGCAGAACAGGAGGCCCGGGAUCAGAAACCUCCAGACUAAUCACAUCAAUCAUCCUAGGGUUGGAGACAUCAUCCAGCAUUCCUUGACCCGUUGGCUCACCGGUCCGGAGAUCUACCGGAUUCUCCGACGUAGACGUACCUUGACUGUCUCCGGCGAUGAAGAUCCUCACCGUGGGGUCAUCGGCCUGUACCUCUUCCAUUGCCACCAAUUCUACAAUUACAUAAAUGGGUUUCUCGACACAGUUCAGUUCCAACACAGCCAUCGCGGGCACACUAUCCGGGUCACCCAGUCACGUCCCGCUGAUCCCAUCGCUCCCACUUACACCCGAAGAUUGUACCGCUGCAACACAAGGUAUGGUCGGUUUCUCCUGGCGCACUACCGCAUCGAGUGAGAGGAAGUCCUGAUCUCCCACGUCCACGUUUUUAUAAAACCUAUAACUAUGUCAUUUUAUCUUUUUUUUUAUGAACAACCUAUGUUAUUUUAUCUACUGCUAAAUAUUUUUGUUAUAUGUUAUCUUAUAUUAUUAUAUAUGAAACUUGUCUUAUAUUAUCUUUUGGGCAAUAUAUAUAGAGAAUGAAAAUUUCACGCAAAACAUAUCUAACCUCGAAAGCAUCCGUCGAUGUAUAAUUUAUCUAAUGGUGAUCAUAACAGUGCAAUUAUCUUUUGAGAAUAUUAGAGAAUGUUAUAAUAUAUAUACAAGGCCGGUUAUAUUAUCUUUUGUCCUAUUGACUUUCUCGAAACUCAGCACAAGGUAUUAUUACCAGUGUUUUGU